CGCUGCCGGUGCCGCUGCCGCUGCCGGGGCCUCCCUCGCUGCGGGGCGGCCCCCGAGGCCGCGGGCGAUGCCCCCCGGGCGGCCCUGAAGCACCGAGAGCUCCGCCAUGGACGAGGCCGAGCCCGCGGCGGGGGACGCGGCCCCGGCGGCCGCCGAGGCCUCGCCGGGGGACGGGCGGGGGAGGCCCGGGGCCAAGCGGGUCACGUUCCCCUCGGACGAGGACAUCGUGUCCGGGGCUGUGGAGCCUAAGGACCCCUGGAGACACGCCCACAAUGUGACGGUUGAUGAGAUCGUGGCCGCCUAUCGCCAGGCCUGCCUCAAGCUCAACUGCCGCCAGAGCCCCAAGCUGCUCAAGCAGAUCCAGGAUUUUUCCCAUGAAUUCCCAGGAUUUCUCCCAUGAAUUUCCCCAUUAAUUUCCCCAUGAAUUCCCAGGAUUUCCCCAUGAUUUUCCCUGGAUUUUCCAGGAGAGAAGCUGGAUUACCGCUCCUGCGAGGCCAUGGAGGAGAUUUUCAAGCGGCUCCAGUUCAAACUGCUCGACCUGGAGCAAACCAGCCUGGACGAGGACGGAGCCUCGGCGCUGUUUGACAUGAUCGAGUACUACGAGUCGGCCACGCACCUCAACAUCAGCACCAACAAACACCUGGGGGCCCGCGGCUGGCAGGCGGCGGCUCACAUGAUGAGGAAGACCAGCUGCCUGCAGUACCUGGAUGCCCGGAACACGCCCCUGCUGGAGCCCUCGGCGCCGUUGGUGGCGCGCGCUCUGCGCAUCAGCAGCAGCCUCGUGGUUCUGCACCUGGAGAACACCUCCCUGUCCGGGAGGCCCCUCAUGCUGCUCGCCACGGCCCUGAAGAUGAACGUGACUCUCCGGGAGCUGUACCUGGCUGACAAUAAACUGAACGGGCUGCAGGACUCGGCCCAGCUCGGGAACCUGCUCAAGUUCAACGGCUGCAUCCAGAUCCUGGACCUGCGCAACAACCACCUCAUGGACUCCGGCCUGGCCUACAUCUGCGAGGGGCUGCGGGAGCAGCGCCGGGGUUUGGUGACGUUGGUGCUGUGGAACAACCAGCUGAGCCACGCCGGCAUGGCCUACCUGGGCAUGACCCUGCCGCACACGCAGAGCCUGGAGACGCUGAACCUGGGCCACAACGCGGUGGGGAACGAGGGCGUGCGGAACCUGAAGAACGGCCUGAUCGGGAACCGCUCCGUGCUGCGCCUGGGGCUGGCCUGCACCAAACUCACCUGCGAAGGGGCCGUGGCCGUGGCCGAGUUCGUGGCCGAGAGCCCUCGGCUGCUGCGCCUGGACCUGCGCGAGAACGACAUCAAGACCGGGGGGCUCAUGGCGCUGUCCCUGGCCCUGCGCGUCAACCACUCCCUGCUGCGCCUCGACCUCGACCGCGAGCCCAAGAAGGAGCCCGUCAAGAGCUUCCUGGAGACGCAGAAGGCGCUGCUGGCCGAGAUCCAGAACGGCUGCAAGCGGAAUUUCAUCCUGGCCAAGGAGAAGGAGGAGAAGGAGCAGCAGCUCCAGCACUCGGCCUCCAUGGCCGAGAUCUCCGGCGCCGAUCCCGAAAUUCCCGAAAUUCCGGAGGGCGCUUCCCCCGGCCCGGAGGAGAACGGCAACGCGGCCCCGGCCGGAGAUUCCAGCUCGGACACCGAGGAGGAGGAGGAGGAGGAUGGGAAGGACUCGAGGGAGGUUGUGGAAUCUUCCGGGGAUUCCGGGAAUUCCGGGAACGGCGAGCGCAGGAUUUCCGUCUCCAGCCCCGGCAGAGGCCGCAAGAUCUUCGUGGUGACGCGGGUGGAGAACGUUCCAGAAGGAUCUGGGGUCGUUCCCAAGGAAUCUGGGACUGUUCCUGAUGGAUCUGGGGCCGUUCCCGGUGGCUCUGGGGCUGUUCCCGAUGGAUCUGGGGCUGUUCCUGAUGGAUCUGGGGCCGUUCCCGGUGGAUCUGGGGCCGUUCCCGAUGGAUCCAGGGCCCUUCCUGAUGGAUUUGAGACUGUUCCUGAAGGAUCUGGGGUCGUUCUUGGUGGAUCUUUGGUUGUUCCUGAAGGAUCCAGGGUCAUUCCUGAAGGGUCUGGGACAAUUCCUGAUGGAUCUGGAGCCGUUCCCGAUGGAUCUGGGACAAUUCCUGAUGAAUCCAGGGUUGUUCCCGAUGGAUCUGGGGCUGUUCCUGAUGGAUCCAGGGCUGUUCCUGUUGGAUCUGGGGUUGUUCCCGAUGGACCUGGAGCUGUUCCCAUCGUUCCAGAUGGAUCUGGGGUUGUUCCUGAUGGAUCCAGGGCCGUUCCCAUUGGAUCUGGGGCCCUUCCUGAUGGAUCCGGGGUUUUUCCCGAUGGAUUUGAAGCCGUUCCCGUUGGAUCUGGGGCCAUUCCUGAUGGAUCCAGGGCUGUUCCCGAUGGGUCCAGGGCCGUUCCUGAUGGAUCUGGGCCCGUUCUCGAUGGAUCUGGGCCCGUUCCCAUCGGAUCCGGGACCGUUCCCGAUGGAUCCGGGGCCGUUCCCGUCGGAUCCGGGGCUGUUCCCGAUGGAUCCGGGACCGUUCCCAUCAGAUCCGGGGCCGUUGCUGAUGGAUUUGGAGCCGUUCCCGAUGGAUCCGGGGCUGUUCCCGUCGGAUCCGGGGCCGUUCCCGUCGGAUCUGGGGCCGUUCCCGAUGGAUUUGGAGCCAUUCCCGAUGGAUCCGGGGCCGUUCCCGUCGGAUCCGGGGCCGUUCCCGAGCCGCGGCCGCGCCGGGCGGGCGCCUCCGAGGGAAUUCCAUGUGGGAGCCCCUCCCGGGAUUCGCCGCUUCCCAACGGGCUCAAGGCCGAUUUCGCCCGGGCGCUGCCGGAGCCGGGCCCGGAGGGCGACGGGAAAUCGGGAACGUGCGCGGCCGAGCACGAGCUGAGCUGCUCCAGGAACGAGCAGGAGCUGCAGGAGCUGCUCCUCGAGGCCAGCCAGGACACGGCUCCGGAGCCGCUGUGAGCGCAGGUCCUGGAGGGGGAGGCUCCGGAGCUUUUCCCCCUCUCCCCAACUCCGCACAAGAUUCCAACCAAACCUCGGGAAUUUCGGGACUUUGCUUGGGAAAGGAAAAAAAAAAACAAAACAAAAAAAACAAAAAACCACGAAACACAAAACAAAACCGGAUUUUUAUUUUUUUUUUUUUUCCCGACUUCUUUUCCCGAUUUUUCCCGAUUUUUCCCCGCCUCCCCGGGGGCGGGGCAGGAGGCGGGGCUCGGCCUUCCCGAUCCGCCGGGAAUUCCCGGGGCCAUUCCCGGCGGGAUCGCAGGGACCGGGAGCGGCCGGAGCGGCGGCGAUUUGGGAAUUCCGUCCCUAAAAAAGAGAAAAAAAAACCCCGGGAUCGGCUGCUCCCGCAGCCCCCGCGCUUUAUUUAUUUUUAAUUUCCCUCCCUUUCCGGUGGCUUUGGUUUCUUUGGGAAUUUUUUCCCUGUUUUUUCCCCCUUUUUUCUGUUAUUUUUCCCCAUUUUUUCCCGUCUCUAUUUAUCACCAGCCGCAGAAUUCCCGGGAAAACGGGGAAGGUGGAAAAGGGGGCGGGGAGGGGCUGGAAUUCCUCGCUCAUCCCAAAUUCCCAGAGGUGUCGGGGCAGGGGAAAUCCAGCGAUUCCCACGGGGAUCUCCCGGCCCGGAAUUCCCAAAAAAUUCCCGGAAUUCCCGGGGAGAUUCCCGGGGGUCGCUUUUCUUUCUUAAGUGCAAUAAAAUCUUUCAGGGAGCUGCGUUGGGGGGAUGGGGGGGAUUGGAAUUCCGGGGGGAUAUUCCCGAUUUUCUGGCCGGGAAUUUUUGCUGGUGUUUCCUCUGGGUUUGGUUUUUGGGGUUUGUUGUUGGUUUUUUUUUUCCCUGUCUUUUCCCCGUUUUUUUUUCGGUUUUUUUUCCCCCCUCGUUUUUCCCCGUGGUGGAAUUUUUGUUAACGGCUGUUUUCUAAUUAAAGGAAUUCUGCAUUCGU